UAUCUAUCCAACGAGGGUUUCUGUUGUUCCCAAAACCCUCAUCUUCUCUUCUUCCUACUCUCUCGCUCCAUACUCUUCUCCCUCUUUCCGAUCUCCAUAUCGGGUCCAUCUAUGGAUCCAAGAUUGCUGCUUUCCUCCCAAAGAACAGCGCCUCCCUCCCCCUUUCCCUUCCUCCUCUCCUCCUCAUCUUCCACAAGAAUUCUCGUCUCCUUCCCCCCAAGGUCCGCAUUCUUUGGCUCCAUUCUCGUUGAGGGACUCGGCCGGAGAGUAAAGGAGACACCUUUGCGCUCGACUACUGUGACGGCUGCCGUCAAGCGGCGCAAGGAGGUCCCUUUCGAUUCCGUGAUCGAGCGCGACAAGAAGCUGAAGCUGGUGCUCAAGAUCCGCAACAUCCUCGUGAAGCAGCCCGACCGCAUCAUGAGUCUUCGCGAGCUCGGCCGCUUCCGCCGCGACCUCGGCCUCACCCGGAAGCGCCGCUUCAUCGGGCUCCUCCGCCGCUUCCCGGCCGUGUUCGAGAUCGUCGAGGAGGGCGUCUACUCCUUGCGAUUCCGGCUCACCCCUGAGGCCGAGCGGAUCUACCUAGAGGAGCUGCGCUCCCGGGAGGAGAUGGAGCAGCUGCUUGUUGUGAAGCUGCGGAAGCUCCUGAUGCUGUCGCUCGACCGCCGGAUCCUCCUGGAGAAGAUCGCCCACCUUCGGCACGAUCUCGGGCUGCCGGCCGAGUUCAGGGACACCAUUUGCCAGAGGUACCCGCAGUACUUCCGGGUCGUGCCCACUGACCGAGGCCCGGCGCUCGAGCUCACGCACUGGGAUCCCGAGCUUGCCGUCUCUGCUGCCGAGAUUGCUGAGGAGGAGAACAGAAUCAGGGAAGCUGAGGAGCGCAACCUGAUCAUUGACAGGGCUCCUAGGUUCCGAAGGGUGAACCUGCCCCGAGGUUUGAAUCUCUCGAAGGGAGAGAUGCGGAGGUUGAGCCAGUUCAAGGAAAUGCCCUACAUAUCUCCUUACUCUGAUUUCUCUGGAUUGAGGCCAGGAACAUCUGUGAAGGAGAAGCACGCAUGCGGCGUAGUCCAUGAGAUCUUGAGCUUCACAUUGGAGAAGCGGACUUUGGUCGACCACCUCACCCACUUCAGGGAGGAGUUCAGGUUCUCGCAGCAGCUGAGGGGAAUGCUUAUCAGACACCCUGACAUGUUCUAUGUCUCGCUGAAGGGGGACAGGGACUCCGUGUUCCUUCGCGAGGCUUAUCGUGGUUCGCAGUUAAUUGAGAAGGAUAGGAUGUUGCUUCUCAAGGAGAAGCUGCGGGCGCUUGUCAUGGUUCCACGAUUCCCAGGAGGGGGUGCUCAGAAGUCAGAUGAGACAGAAAAAGCCGAUGGAACAUCAGGAGGCGGAAGCGGCGUCAAAGGUGACGAGGAAUGGUCUGAUGUGGAUGGUCUUUUGUCCGAUGGGUUUGGCAGUGGAUUUGAUGACGAGGAUGACGAAGAUGAUGAUGAUGAUGAAGAGGAUGAUUGGAGCGAAGAAGAGGAUGAAUCUCCUCCUGAUUUUAGUGAUGGUGAAGGUCUGAACUUCAAUGCGAAAAAGCCACAAGCAGUUAAUGGCUUAAUAAAGGUUGAAGAUCAAGUUCUGAUUCCUACACUUCCAGAUGGCCAGCCAAGAGAGAGAUGGUGAACAAUGAAUUUGUUCUUUUUUCUUUGUUUGGGGCUAUUUUUGGGUAAUGACAAUUAUACACACGAUGCCCUUGCCCUUGCUGAUCAUAUACUGUUGCAUCUACUUGCAAACGCAAAUAUUGGUACGCUUAUGAACAAAUCUUCAUGCAUUGUAGUGUCGAGAAUUGAGACAAGAAUUUGAAUGCGUGAUGACAUUUCCUUGUGUCAAAAUAUCUCCGUGCAUUGUUGAAUUUUAUAUCAGUUUUUUAAUGUAAUGACAAUAUACUAGUUUCUACGGAUUUA